AUGUCUACCCUAGUGGCUCAGCAUGACAAAAAUUCCUACUGCAGCUCAUUUACCCCCAAGCACCCCAAACACCCCUACAGGCACUAUGAAACCAGAAACAACUCUGCCUCGCAGAUGACAUCUCCCAACUACAAAACUUCAAACCUCAUAAAACCAGCAACCCCAGGUUUGUCACCAGAAGACAGCACCGAAAAAGGUCUGGAAUCUACCAAAUCACCUUUUGGGAAAGAGGAGGCACCAGAGAACACACCAGUCGCAGUUCAGUUACAUGUCCCUGCUUCCACAGAUCCCAGCCCAUUGCGUGAUGUCUGCCAGCGGUCAAUUGAUCACUCUUCCUCCAAUGUAGUACGGAGGGUAUUGAAUUAUUUAUCCAAACCACGCAAGAAUUACAUGGAAUUCCAUGGUGUGGGAGCGCGAGAAUUCGGAUUAAUAUUGGAGGAAGCGGCCCGAGUAUCGACUAAGCCCAGGCACGUCAUUAAGCUGACUUAUGAUUGCAACACUCGCAUUCUCAUCAUCAUGUUGCCUACUGUUCUCCAUGAAGCAUCGUUCGAUGAUGUGAAGGAUUAUGUCGGCGAUUCUAUCAGGGCUCUUCCAUAUGAUCGCACCACCAUCUCUCCGAAGAUACAUAUGAACUGGCCGCUCGACAUCCCAGACGGAGUAGUCAAUCCUGAUAUGACUAUUUCCAUCACUGCUUUGGAGGGCCCAACGGAAGUCGUUCUGAUCCCCUUCUUUGGGGAGUGCGCGCUCUCAGAGACUGAUAAACACGUGUUUGGAAAGACGGAGAAAGUGAUCUUAGCAUAUCCGGACACCAUCUGUGUGGUGGUUGUAUUAGUACGCGAAGCUACAUUGUACGCCAACCCCGGGAAAGAUUACACCGCGUUAAAUACUGUGUUAAAAGUCCUACUUGGCAGCACUGACAGUGACCUGCAACCGCUAACUCUCAAAGAGUUCAUUAAUCUACGCACUACACCACGUUCGUUCGGUGAGCCCACCGUGAUCGGCGAUCACACUUGGUGCCACCUCUCUUCGGUGGAGUACUUCGUUUGGGUGAAGGGUGAUGAUGGGCCGAUAGAUAUUCGUUCCAAUGACCCUGCGCACAUGGUGUACGGUACUUUAGUGCCCACGUUAGACAUGGACGCCAUCACUGAGAUGCUCGAAGAUUCUUGUGUCACUUUCCAGAAGCAGCUCAUCCCUGACCUCGACUGCACCAUUCUCGCAGAAGCCCGUGUCACAUCUUUCACUGACUGGUACGGUUCAUCGAAACGAAUCUUGUCCACCUCGGAUAUCACUGCCCACAAGCGCUAUCUUGCUUGGCACAAGUCGCUUUUCAACAAGACUGAGGACAGUGACGAUGCAUCUUACGUUGAUUCGCAGGAGGAAAGUGAGGAAGAGCAGAUGAUCAAUGAAGGCUCCGAGUGUUCAAAAUCCCAAAGGCGGCUUAGCGGGGAUCAUGCGAUUGAACGCAUCUGA